UGAUCUUCCUCCUCCUUAAACCCUAAUUCUCUCUCUCUCGCUCUCUACCCCAAAUCUCUCAAAUGACCACCACAGAGUCGCCGCCGCCGCCGCCGCCGCAACAGACGGAGCAACAACUUGUUCCCGCUUCGCAGACGUCAAGAGUGAGUCCCAAGACCGUUAGAAGCGCCAUCGAUGGUCUUAUCAACUGGAGAAGCGAAAAAUCAAAAACAGAGAAGCCUCAACUUCUCGAGCAAGACGAGCUCCUCUACCUCUUCGUUACCCUGAAGAAGAUUCCACAGACGACCCGUACGAACGCUCAUCGUAUCCCUUUGCCUCAUCCUCUUAUCAACCCGUCGGAAGAUUCGCCGGAGAUUUGUCUCAUUAUCGACGAUAGACCUAAGAGCGGUCUCACCAAGGCUGAUGCGAUGAAGAAGAUCAAAUCGGAGAAUAUUCCGAUCACCAAGGUUCUUAAGCUGUCGAAGCUCAAGUCUGAUUACAAGCCGUUCGAAGCUAAGAGGAAGCUCUGCGAUUCGUACGACAUGUUCUUCGCUGAUCGGAGGAUUCUUCAUCUGCUCCCGAGGUUGAUUGGGAAGAAGUUCUUCCUCAGAAAGAAGAUUCCUGUGGCGGUUGAUUUGAAUCACAAGAACUGGAAAGAGCAGAUUGAGAAAGCUUGUGGUUCUGCUAUGUUCUUCAUGAGUACUGGAACGUGUAGUGUUGUUAAGGUUGGGAAAUUGUCUAUGGAGGGUAGUGAGAUUGCUGAGAAUGUGAUGGCGACUUUGAAUGGAGUAGUUGAGAUUUUGCCUAAUAAGUGGAAGUACGUUAGGUCUUUGCAUUUGAAGUUGUCUGAGAGUUUGGCAUUGCCUAUAUACCAGGCUGUGCCUGACUUGAAGCUCAAGAUUGAUGCUUUUGGAAGUGGGAAGAAUGUGGUUAAGGAGGAGAAGAAGGGUGAAGGUGAAGUUGAAGAAGUUGCUGAUGAUUCUAGCGAGAAGAGUGUUUCGGUUAAGGGUAAGAAGAAGAAGGGUAUGAUUCAUGAGGUUAGGUAUAUGGAUAGUAAUGUAUCCGAGGUGCUUGAUGAGGAUGAGAUUGGUGGUGAUGAGGAGAAGGAUGAGAUUGUUGUUGAGUCUGCGGGUAAGGAGGAGAAGAAGAUGAAGAAGAGGAAGAAGGAGGUCAGUGAGGUUGCAGAGAGUGAGAAGCCGGUGAAGAAAGCUGCCAAAGGGAAGUUGAAGCCAGAAGUUGAGAAACCGGUGAAGAAAGCUGCCAAAGGGAAUUUGAAGCCAGAAGUUGAGAAACCGAUGAAGGUAGCGGUCAAGGGGAAGGUGAAACCAGAUGUUGUGAAGCUGGAGAAGAGCAAGGAUGUGUUAAAGGCGAAAAAGACUACAAAGAUUGCCAAAGACGAGUCUGGUGGUGGAUUGAAACCGAAGAGGAAGAAGAGUGUGCUUAGGAAACCUACUAAGUGAACAUCUCGUCUUUUUGCUUGUUUUGCCAUUGAGUAAUUUUGAGUAUGAUUUUAUGUUUUUUUUUUCUUUCUAGUUAUUACAUUUUGAGCCCUUUCAUAUCGUGUACUACUUCUGUGAAACAUCGAACUGGUGAAUGUGGUUUGAUGGUUUUGUGGAGGAAACAUACUGUUAGCUUUUUCAAGUGCUUACUUAACGUUUUUCAUUCUAAACAACGCCUAUUUAUCUGA